CGGCGCCUGACCCAGAGGUUCACUACCCCGCGCGCAGAGUCAAGGCACCGAUGUUUGAACUGGAAGCUUCAAAACUUUUAAAAAGAACCUUCAGGAUGGCUUUGAAGUGGACAAGCUAGAAAUUUCUUCAAAAUACGUCCUCCAGCAUUCAUGUCCCCCCUUGGGCCUUCCUGGAGAGGAACUUGAAGAGGUCAUCCUGCCACGCUGACGCUCUUGGAACCAGACUCAUAGACUUGACUUUUCUGCUAGGAUUCGCUUACUUUAUUAUAUUCUCUCUGAGUUGUCAGAGGGGCAGAAGAGGUAUUCAUGAAACUGAAGGGCCUGCAAGGAAGGGAAGUGACACUUUCACGCUAAAUGAAAACUAAGCAGGUGGCAGUUGUGACUGACGACACUUAAACCUACCACGUCCCGAUUCACUGGACCGGGGAGACAGAGUGACGGCCACAGCUGGGGAGAAAGAAGUGAUACCGGAAAAAAAAAGCCAAACAGAAUGAGGACGGCUGCUGAGUAAAUGGCCACCACCACCUCCACAGAGACAAAGUCAGCCUCUUGGUGGAACUAUUUUUUUCUUUAUGAUGGUUCCAAGGUAAAGGAAGAAGGAGACCCAACAAGAGCCGGCAUUUGCUAUUUUUAUCCUUCCCAGACCCUGCUCGAUCAACAAGAGUUGCUCUGUGGACAGAUUGCCGGAGUCGUCCGCUGUAUUUCUGACAUCUCCGGCUCUCCUCCCGCUCUCGUUCGUCUGCGGAAACUUAAGUUUGCCGUAAAGGUUGACGGAGAUUACCUUUGGGUGCUGGGCUGUGCUGUGGAGCUCCCUGAUGCCAGCUGCAAGCGGUUUCUGGAUCAGCUAAUUGGGUUCUUCAAUUUUUACAAUGGACCUGUUUCUCUGGCUUAUAAGAACCGCUCUCGGGAAGAACUGAGCACAGAGUGGGAUACCUUCAUUGAACAAAUUCUGAAAAACACCAGUGAUCUGCAUAAGAUAUUCAAUUCCCUCUGGAACUUGGACCAAACCAAAGUGGAGCCCCUGUUGUUGCUGAAGGCAGCCCUCAUUCUGCAGACCUGCCAGCGCUCGCCUCACGUCCUCGCUGGCUGCAUCCUCUAUAAAGGACUGAUUGUCAGCACCCAGCUGCCGCCCUCCCUCACUGCCAAGGUCCUGCUUCACCGAACUGCACCUCGGACCCAGAGACUGCCUCCAGGAGGGGACGCCCCGCGGGAACAUGGAGCAGCGUUGCCCCCGAACGUGCAGAUCAUCCCUGUGUUCGUGACCGAAGAGGAGUCCACCAGUCUCCGCGAGUUUCCAGCGGGACGGAUGACUAGCUCUCCUGCAUCUCCAGCCGGAGUCCAGGACGGCUCAGCCCAGCACGCUCCAAAGGGUGGGAGCACAGUUGCCCUGAAAGAAAACGCCACCAGGCAUGUGGCAUCCAUGGCCGGGAUGUCGGCAACCACCCCAGAGCCCACACCCCCUGAUGAAGCUUGGCCAGGUGGCAAGAGGGAGAACGGACAGUUGUCUGGUCACGAUCUGGACAGCGUUGGGCACACAGGACUGUACAACAGCUGCUCCCUGGUGAAGGAACUGGGCUUUCCCCAAGCGGAACUGGACUUGUCUGAAAUCCACAUUCCAGAAGCUCAGGAAGUGAGGACAUCCUCGGGUCAUUUUGCUUUCCCAUGUGCGUGUGUCCCAGAUGGCAGUGGUCCUUGCCACAGGGACUCUGUCAGUGGCACAAGCAGCCCAGAACCCUCACCUCCAGAGGACACCGCUGCAAGCAGCCCGCUCUCUCCCUCCGUUCCUGAGAUGCCAACCCAGAACGGAGCCCCAGAGCUGUGUGAAGACCUUCCUGGCAACAGCAGCCAAGCCCCUGUUCCCAAAGGAGACCUCCUCCGCAGAAGGACCAAUAGGCCUUUGUCACUGCCUCACUUAGAUCCGGGGCAGGGAGGGAGUGAGCUUCCCGUGGGAGAACAAGGCGUGGAUCAGUGUGUUGAUGGGGCCCGUGAGAGCCACUCAGCCGCUGGUCCCGAGAGCAGUUCAGGCUUGGCACACUGCCCGGGUGCAGGCCCCUCUGCAGACAGAAUCGACUCCAGGAUGACCCCGGCAGGGACCCGCAGUGGACUCGUGCGGAUGAACCUCUACACUCACAGUGUUAAAGGGCUGGUGCUGUCCCUGCUGGCUGAGGAGCCACUGCUGGGAGACGGCGCAGCCACAGAGGAGGUGUACCACAGCAGCCUGGCGUCCCUGAACGGGCUGGAAGUCCACCUGAAAGAGACGCUCCCCAGAGAUGAGGCUGCCGCCACGAGCAGCACCUACAACUUCACGCAUUACGACCGCAUUCAGAGCGUGCUGAUGGCCAACCUGCCGCAGGCAGCCACCCUGCAGGACCGCCGCUUCCUCCAGGCCGUCAGCCUGAUGCACUCGGAGUUCGCCCGGCUGCCCUCGCUGUACGAAAUGACCGUCAGAAACGCCUCCACGGCCGUGUACGCCUGCUGCAACCCCGCCCAGGAAACCUACUUCCAACAACUGCCCCCCGCGGCACGGAGCUCCGGCUUCCCUAGUCCCCAGGACGGCGCCUUCAGCCUGUCCAGCAAAGCCAAGCAGAAGCUGCUGAAGCACGGGGUGAACUUACUCUGAGCUGCGCCCACUGUGCGGAGUUCACCACCCAGGAGAUGACUGUAACGAAGAGUACCAGCAAAGGCUGCUCUGCCUUUUGUAACAGAAAAGGUUCCUCUGUUUUAUUUUUCUCGGAACAUUCCCUUUCUUAGGAACGUAAUGAUGAUUGGAGUUUUUGUUACUCCUUUUGCAGAUGGGAUGCAUUUGUAGGGGGUGUAGUUCUUCAGUUCACAGACAUAGAGCACUUGGUAAAGAACUUCAUUACAUCGGCAGUGUCGGGGCCAGGACGGGCGUCAGCUCCCAAUACCAGAGGGUACAGGGACAGUCAGUUUCCCUGUCGUAUGGAGCCUAAAGUACGUGGCAUUUCCCACUGCUGUUCCCUCGCAGCCUAAACUGGUGCCACAAAAUUCCAGGGUAGCAUUUCUUCUGGAACCUGACUGUCCCUAGUCCAGAGUGCUCGCUCAACGCCGUGAGCAGGUGGGCAGGGUGAGGUGCGGCUGCACGUGCUGAGCCAGGCCUGUCAGCAGGGAGACCCCACUGCUGCUUCUCGGGUGGGUUUUCUCCGCUGUGGCUCCCCGGGCGGUGUGGACAUAAACACAGGCAAGCGUUGGCACUCCGAGACCACCUCGUCUGGAUUCUCCUGGGACUAAACGCAAAUCUGGGGGCCUGGUUGGAAUACCCACACGUGGGUCAAGUCUCGAUGCAGGAUGGAGUCUGGGCUUCAGGGAUCACUUUAUAAAAGCCCUGGGGCCGAGAAUUCAGUGCCAGCAGAGCCGAGCUGUGCUGCUUUGCUUAGACGUGGGCCGUGCAGCUGCUUCCUAUUGAGUGUGUGUCCCCAGAUAGGAGUCGACAAGAUGUUUCUGGGUAAAAGCAGAACUGUGCUGCUCAGAGGUGGCUGCGUGAAAGGGAACGGCAUUCAUUUGUGCCUUUCCGGACUGGUGUGGGACUUAGAACCCCAGUUCUGUUACGUGAUGGCCAGACAUUUUAUAAUAUGCUACAGAUCACAGGAUGAAAAUGUUUAUCAAA